CCCCUCAGUCCACGUGAAGGUUUUGGGCGGAUACGUAGUUUGUCGUAUUUAUUAUUGAAACAAGUUAAUUUGUUUUCCUGAUCGUAAUGCUCCGACAUACGCGUAUGUUGUUUUCAAAUGAUAAAUUAUGGUUCGAUGUGAAUGAUUGAUUACCUCGACCCUAUAAAAGACUAAAAUGCGUUUGAACUUUUUUAAAGUAUUAUUAACCAUAAAUCAAGAAAAGUGUUAAAGUUUACGGAGUAAUGCCAUGACUCAAUGUACCACAACUACCCCCGAAAAGUACAAUGCCAGAAUGCGUACUGUCACAGAAGAGAAGUUGAUGGUAGCGGUGCGCGUGCGCCCAUUACAUUCUGAUGAAGGCCCUCGCAUUGUUCAUGUGGUCAGUGAUAAGAUGCUAGUUUUGGAGGAUGAGUCUGACAACAGGCGGGAUGUUCUACGGCAACGUCGUCAUAAUGAAAAGCAUUAUGUUUACGAUCGAGUAUUCGGGGAAGAAAGUACGCAGGAGGAAGUUUACGAUGCAGUUUGUGCUUCUUUGGUGAGCGAUACACUUCGUGGCUUCGCUGGAGCGGUAUUUGCCUACGGUGCCACCGGUGCGGGGAAAACGCACACGAUGACUGGCCUUAUGACCCGCGCCCUGAACCACCUCUUCACUAGUAUCGCGGAAAGCGAAGAUCCUAAUUCGUUUGAGGUUAAAAUGUCAUAUUUAGAAAUUUACAACGAGAAUAUACGAGAUCUGUUGAAUCCUACGGCCGGACCGCUAGAGCUUCGGGACGAGGGUGGUAGUGGAGCGCCCGUUGUCACAGGGUUGAGCGAGCUACGAGCUAAUAGUGCCGGACACGUUGCUGAGCUACUAGCCCGAGGUGACAGGGCUCGCACCGCAGAGCCCACCCAUGCCAACCAACAUUCAUCAAGAGGACACGCUUUGCUAAGCGUUAUAGUCAGCAAACAAUUAGGUGCGUGUAUGCAACGCGGCCGGUUGUUCCUCAUUGACCUGGCCGGUUCAGAGAAGGCAGGUCUUCGAGCACGAAGGCUAGAGGGAGCGCACAUCAACCGCUCUCUGCUAGCUCUUGGAAACUGCAUUAUGGCACUAUCCGGUGGCGCAAGAUACGUUAAUUACCGGGACUCUAAGUUGACUCGUCUGCUGCGCGAGGUGCUGGGCGGGCGGUGUCGUACCGCCAUGGUCGCGCACGUGGCUCCUGGCGCCUCCCAUCGCGAUACGACGCGCUCUACGCUACAUUACGCGCAACGAGCCUCUACUAUAACUAACCGGGUGGAAAGAGAGUUAAUCGAAACGCCGAUGCAAAUGUCUCAGUACCGAACGGUAAUAAAUGAACUGCGCGAAGAGAUAUCUCGGUUAAAGAUGAAAAUGAAAGAUGAUCGCUCCAGUUUUUCGGACAGACCUAGGGAAGAUUAUCCGAACGACGAGGAAAUCCACGAGGAGACGGCUGAAAGCGCAGCGCAUUUAAAGUCACUGCGUGAAGCUAUUGUGUCUACAUUCAAACAGCAGAUGAGGUUGAGACGACGUCUGAUGGAACUAGAUAGUCACCUGCUGGGGCUUGCGCUGGACGCAGAGCGGCAGCACGCGGCCAUUUCGCAUUGGGAGGCUCGCUUCAACAGGCUGUACAAGCCCGUCACCAUCCCCGGAUCGCGUCUUAGCACGCAGCAGAGUUACAGGGGAGGCACGGGCUCGACGGCCGGCAGCGAGCGCGCGGAGGCCGAGGUGGCGGUGGAGCAGGCGUGGGCCGAGCUCGCCGCCGUGGAGCGCGAGCAGGAGGCCGCGCGGACAGAGCGCGACCGCGUCGAGAGGCAACUCGAACAAGUCAGGCUGCGAGGAGCUCAACUAGAGCAGGAGCUACCGGCCCGGAUCAGCAGCGGUCCGGAGCGCGAGGUGCUGGCGCUGGUGUGCCGCGUGCACGAGCUGGAGGCCGACAAGCUGGCGCUACAGGGCGAGCGGGCGGCGCGCGCGCACGAGCUGCGUCGCCGCGACCUCGCGCUGCAGCGCCGCGACGCGCAGCGACGCCUCUCCGACGAGAUCAUAACGCGCCAACGGCGGGCGCUGCAAGAACUGGGUAUCGGAAUACCGCCCGAGUUGGCGCAACUGUACGAGCUUUACCAACAAGAGAUACACGCCUCUACGUACACUGAAAGUAACGACAUAUACACACCGCCGUAUCGUCUUCCACCAAUUUCCACUAGCAUGUCUGAGUUGACCUGGUCGGAGAGCUCGAGUGGGUCAGGGCGAGGGUCGAGUUCAGGAUCCGGUGGCACUCUCGCAUUGGAUCACCGCCUGCCGCGGCUGCCUCCUACACCAAGACCAAGGACGAGAUACAGCCAACCGAGUGCAGUGACUCUGAAGCGUUACGCAAGUGACGAUAGCAUUGUGACGGCGGCGCCGCGAGCCAGAGACGAAUCUGCUCCUUGAAUACUAUUGGAGAAAAUAGCAGGAAAAUCUUUUAAAUUAUGAAUUUCCGGAAUAACGUGACGAUAUUCCACGUUAGUCUUUGUAUGAAUCAACCAUGGUUCACCUGAUGGGAUUUCAUUCUGUUUUUGUAUAAACCCAUUGAAAACAGAAGUAGGGUGACUAAAUGGUACAAAGAUCAUUAAUUGGGUUUUAGUGUAGUGUUGCCAAUGUGUGAUUAAAGGAAACGGCAUUGUAGUGUUGAUGUUUUGAAUCAUUUGUACUGUCUUUGUGUAGUUUUCUGUCUCCAUGGAUACAUAGUGGGGUAUCCGCAUAAAUCAAAUUGUGAAUGUUGACGUUUGACAAAUGUAUUUCGUUAAUAUAUCUUGUUUGGAUUUGGAUAAAUAAAUGUCUUUAAAAAAA